AUGUGUACAACAGACUUUUCUAAAGAAUGUCAAUCAUCAACAUUUUUAUCGAUUGUUACAAGUAAAAUGGGUGCAGGUUGUUGCUGUUGUUCUAAGAAAAAUCAACGUAUAUCAUCUGAAUAUCGUUCAAUACCUCAAUAUACUCCAAUUGGCAUAAAAACAAAUGAUCCUCUAAUACUCAUUGAUGGUUAUCUUGAUGAACCAAUUCUGUCUCUCGAAGAAGCUCUUGAACCGUUCUAUGGUGAAAUUAAUCAUUUAUCUUAUUAUAUUAAAGAAGCUAAAACGCAAUGUCACUAUCCAUCAGAACAUAAUCUUACUCUUGAUGAAUCAGCUGCUAUCUAUAUCUAUACAAUGCAAUGGAAUGAUAGUUGUCUUUAUGAUCAUUUACAAACAGCAUUAAAUUCUAAUGAUCGAUCAACAAUCGAACCAUGGUUCGCAUAUCUCAAAUUAUUUAAAAAUGCACUCGAUAAAUUACCUACUGUAAAGGCGGAAGUUUGGCAAGGAGAACCAUUCGACGAAGAACUUAAAGAACAACUUAAUUCAAAGUCAUUACCAUUUUAUACUUCUCUGUGCUCAUGUUCACCGUCGAUCAAUGAAAUUAAAAAAUAUGGACAACAAACUAUGGGUAAAAAAAUAAUUCUUGUUGGUUACCAAUCUGUAAAUGGAAAAUUGGUGACUGAUUAUACAGCUAAUGACUUAGACGAAGCGAUAGUUUGGUCAGGCAUAAAGCUGGGAGUAUCAAAAUAUAUUGUGACUGAUGCUUAUCAUUUAUGGGUUCUAAAUCCAGUAAGACAAAUCGAUCAUUCUCCUGGAUCGAUGAAGAAUGCCAAUAUUGCAUCUCAAAAACAUUUCAAGUGUCCAUACAAAAGUUGUGACAAUCGUUGUCCUGGUAAUCAUAAGACUGAUUACUGUCGUGGUUUUGUUGCUCCUAUGCAUAGCUGUCAGCAUCAUUGUAUAUCUGAUCAGUGCUGUGACGAGUGUGGUCAACUGUAUUCUCACCUAUAUAAAUGUAAUAGAUGUGAUGGUCGUUAUUGUGUUGAAUGUUGUUUUAAAUAA